UACAAUGGAGAGAAUUGAGAAUAAAGGUGAACUCCUUACAAUGGAGGGGAUUAAGAAUAAAGGUACUGGAGAAGCUACAGAUAUACAGCACUUUAUUGCUGAAGAUAAUAAAACUGAUUAUCAAAUUGUUGCUCUAGAGUAUUCAUCAUCAAUUCAAAUACUUUAAUAAGUAUGGAGAGCAAGCAUCAUAGUCAUUACAACCUAACAGCACUAGAACAGGUAGGUCAGGUAGAAUCUGAGACUAAAGGUUCAAGUUCUUGUUCUCUUACAAAGGAGCCAGAUGAGAGUCUUCACAUAACUUCUUCAGAAUAUGUAGAUUGUGUUCAGUUACCCAUGAGAAUGGAAGGUGAUCUUAAUAAGCUUUUAACAUUUCAAAAAGAGAGUAAUAGUGAGUACAUAGCUAUAAACAAGGUAGAUCAGGAAUGUAUAUCUCUAACAAGGAAAAGUGGUUGUGAUUGUGUACAUGUAGGUAUGGAACAUAAAUCCGAUCAACAUGUGAACUUUAAAAUAGAUAAUGACGCUGGCAGUGUGGAAAGCGAGUGUAAUUAUGAUGUUCCUAUGACAAUGGAAUGUAUUACUGAUUCAGUGCUCUUGAAUGAGAAUAGCAGAGAUGAAUCAGACUGUUUUAACUGUUUACCUAUAGAGCAUGAUGCAAUGGAGGUGCCUACUGGAGCUGAUAAUGUAUUCUUUAAUGGAGGUGAAAAUCUGGGCAAAUUCACCUCACUGGGUAGACAUGCAUCAUCUGAUGUUAUUCAGAGGGACAGAGUUUCACCAAAUGUCCCAGAUAAGCUUAGUGUAGAAAGUUGUAGUGAAGCCAAUAUAGUCAAGCAUUUUAACUCUCAGGAAAGUGUUAAAGAUUAUAAAAGUGUUAUUAAGAUGAGUGUAGGUGACGACAGUUUGUGCAGUGCACAGUCACUUGAACAGGACAGUUUUUCGUUAAAGGUACACACACAUGAAAUGACUAAUCAGUGUUUGGGGGAAGAAAAUGCUAGCCCUGAAAGAAAUAUAUCUUUAUAUAACAAGCAGGAAGAGGAACACUUAGCAGAUAGGGAUGCUUGGGAGUGCUACAGCUCACAGCAUCUCAAAUCUCUCUUGCAACAAUCAGGAGCACUGACUGACAGCAACCAUCUCCUCUCAGUUCCAAGAUGUUGUCUCACUGUGGAGCUUGUAAUGGCAGCCAUUAACUUAAGACUUUUUCAAUUUAAUGAUGUGUUGGCUUGGAUUUGUAAGAUAUGCACACCAAAGAACAGAUCCUUCAAGGUUUUUCAUUGUCAAUUUGUGCAGUAUCAACAGUUGUAUGAAUAUUUUAUGAAACAAGUGGGCCAGGACCAAAAGAAGGUUUGGAAGGAUCUGUUUCAGAAUUCGAUUUAUUGCUUACCCAAAGGCAAAGGCCUGCAUCUGAUAUUUGGACAAAAACUUCGUGCAAAUAAAGCAGUGGAUAUACCACUUCAUGAUCAUGUUUACACGAAUGAUCUAGCUAAUAAAACUUCAUCACGUUUUGAUUGGCACAAGCAGUUUGAGACUCAAGCAAACUUGAUAAAAGACAUGAGAAGUGAGAUCAACAGAUUGGAGCUGGAACUCAGUGUUAAGAAUGAAGAAUUUAUGAGUCACCAGGAAAAUUCAAAACAAGAAAUUAAUAAAAUUAGGAAGGAGCUUUCAGUAGAGCAGGAGAAAGUAAAAUCUUACAAUAAACUGAAGGAAGAACUUAAAUUAGCAUGGCUUGUGUUAGAUAACCAAAGACUCAGCAUUGAUAAUAGGAUAGCUAAUACUGAAGAAAAGGAAUCAUAUCUCAAGCAGCCUUGUGAAAUUUUGACUGAUCUUCAUCAAAUGGUUUUAGAAAAAGAUUCAGAGAUAAGUAAAAUCCAAGAGAAUUUGAUAACCUGUCAGGAUAUGGUCAAAGCAAGAAAUAUCAUUAUAAGCCAACAACAAGAACUGAUGUGCAAGGGUGAAUGUGAAAUGGUCCAAAAGGAGAUUUGCAUUAAACGUCUUGAAAAAGAAGUCAAGAUUUUAGAAAAUAAAGUGAAAGAGCGAGUGUCUCUCAUACAUGAUCAGCAAGAACAACUCAAAAUUUUUGAUAUGUGGGGUACUAUUAAUUAUGUUAAACAACAAGAAGAGCAGUUAAAAAAUUUACAAGAGGAAAUAGGGAGAUGUAAUGUUGUGAUAAACCAAAAAGAAGAAAAGUUAACCCAGAUGAAAAAUGCUGCUGCAGUAAGUGAAUCUCUCAAGUGCCAACUACAGAAAGAUAUAGAGGCUGCACAGCACACAAUACAGGAGAAAGAUACUCGGAUCCAGUGCCAGCAGUCACUGUAUCAUGAUGCAGUGUAUGAUGCUCAGCAAAAAGAAGCUGUUGCACAAAGGUUAAAUGAAGAAUUUAAUAAAUGCCAAGAACUCUUGAGCCAAAAAGAAGACUAUAUAAAAAGUCUUACUGAAGAAAAAAGCAUGCAUAUAGUUGAAUUAGAAAAAAGACUUGUUUGCUGCAAUACAAGUUUAUUAGAAAGAGAAGACAAAAUCACUAAGCUUCAGAAAGAUCUUAAUGCACUGCAGAAGAUAGUACAUGAAAAAGAAAAACUACUGACUGAUUACAAAAGCACUUUUGGAGAGUUGGAGGUCAUACUAUCUGCUGAUAGCUCCUCAUCUGGCAGAGGCUUGUACGGUAGUGAAGCUCAACAGAAACAUAAAGAUAUGGAAUCCUUGCAAACAUUUGGAGGCAGAAUAACGAAAAGAAAAUUGGUGAAAAAGGCUGAGCGUUGUCAACCUUGUUUAGAUUAUACAAAGAAAAAUGAACAGCUGAGGCUAGCCACAGAUAAAAUAAUAGAAUUAGAAAAAGAAAUUUUGUAUUUAAGCAGACAGCUAAAAGAGGAUAAUCUUUCUACUGACAAGAAUCGUAUACUUGAUUUAAAGAUGAAGGUGUCAGAACUGAGAUGUUGUAUUAUUUCUCGAGAACAAAUGAACGCCCAGUUAGAAGAGCAGCUUAGGCUUCAGGAAGACUUGACCAAGAAGCUAAGAGAUCAUAUAGUGGCUAAAAAUGAAACUCUGCUUUAUUUUUAUCGCCGUUGUAGUAAUACAACCACAUUUGUGGGUUCUGGUCAAGAAAAUACUGCUUUAAGGAUGAAGUCAGAGCUGUCAGAUCCCCUGACAGACCAUUUUAGUUCAGGGAUGCAAGAGUAUGCUCAAGAGAGAGUGCAGGAGCCAGUAAAACAAACAAAGUUGGAAUUGUUGGAAGAUUCGUCAUUGAGUCAAACAAGCAAGGAUAUUAAGGUAUCUGAUGGUACACUAGCUAAUCAGGAACCCAGUGAUGUGCUUCCUUCUGUUUCAAAAGAAAAGACACUUGCAACAGGGAAAAAUGUAUGUCAUUCUAGUGCUAAGAAAACUAUAAAAGUAAGGCUCAGUAAGAAAGUAGAAAAUCAGAGCAAAGUAAUUGCUAUUAGAGAAUUACAAUGCAUGAAAAUAACUCUUUCUGAAUACCACGAGAGGAAUAGAGAGAGAAAUCCUGUACAUGAAAAUGUAGAGCAAAAUGUUAUUGAAUCUUGUGAUUCUGACAAGCUUGAAUACACCAAAAAGAGGAAGAGAAAGGAAAUGGAAGGUACAGAGAUUACUAAGCAUUAUGAGCACUUGCCCUCUAAGAAGUCCUUACAUCCAGAAAAUAAACAUCGAAUUUUACCUGCGGAAAAUUUUAGCUUUGAUGUACAAAUGAAAAAUGACACCAAAGAAUGUCUAAGGCCCAAUACUGAGCGAAGUAACAGUGCUGUAAGAGAGAUGCCUGCUACAUCAGUAUCUGACCAAAAUAAGAAGAAACAGUUGAUCCACAAGAAUUGUAAAUACACUCGGUGUCAUUCAGUGGGAUCUAGCUCUGCCAGUCCUAAAAUAAUGCAAGAGAUGUAUCCACUAGAAAUAAUGAAGUUAAAGAAGACUUUAGAACAUGCUAAAACAAUUCAUGAUAAAGCUAUGAGAAAGGAAUUUGAAAAUAUUCUAAUGUUGGAGGGGGAAGCUUGUGAAAGAGAGAGAUUAAUGGCCCAGCUUGUGAAAGAUAUCCAUAAUUUAGAGAUCCAGUUACGAAAUAGUGACACAGCUUUGGUUAUAAUAGAGAAUGACAGAGAGAGAAUUUAUGCACUCUUGGAACAAGUUCAGACAAACCUUAAAGAAGCAACGAGAAUGAAUUGUGUGCUCAGUGACCUUAUCAAUCAGAAAGACAAUGCCUUAAAUGCAUCUCAGGAUGAGAUAAUUAAGUUGAAUGUAGUUAUAAAGCAAAACAGUGAAGAACACCAAAAGAAAGUGAAAGAGUUGAAAAGUACCAUUUGUAUUAAGACAGUAAAUAUUAACGAAUUGAAGAAGCAGAAUGAUAAACUUGUAGAAGAUAUGAAUAAGGAGAAGGAAAACUUGCUUGAAAUUAUUGAUAAAAUGAAAAAAGUUACAGGUGAAAAGAAUAAUGCAUUGGAAGCUUUAAAAAAUCAGAAAGAUAGGCUUAUGAAAGAAAUGAAGGAAAUUGAGAUUAGUCAGUUACAAGAAAAAGCCCACUUGGAAGCCAGUUUGGAAGAAGAAAAGAUAAAAUGUAAAACCUUACAGAAAGAUUAUAAUCAGUCUGAGAAGACUCUAAUGGACAGUAAAGCAAAUGUAGCUAAAAUCAAGGAAAAACAGAUAGAGGUUGAGAAACUACUGAAAGCAAAUGAACUAGCAGCAAUAGCAUUAAGAGAUAAAUUAGAGCUUAUGGAAAUCACUUCUGCUGAAAAAGAGGCUAUGAUUUCACAGCUGCAGGAAGAGUUGAAUAACAUGAAGUUAACAAGGGAAAGGCAAGAGUCCAAUAUACAAGCUAUUCUUGCAGAGAAGCAGAAAUUUGAAGUGACUCUAAAGCAACAAGCUCAGUCAUUAAGUGAGUAUGUUCAAGAGAUUGAUCAAAAAGAAGUCAUUUGUCAAAAGCUUCAAGAUGCUUUAUUAUCAGAGAGAAGAGAGUCAGAACUGAUAAAAAUGGCAGCAGAUAAUAGUCUAGCUUUGAAAGAGCAAGAAAUACUCAAGCUUAAAAAUGAUAAAGAGCAUAUGGAAGCUGAAAUACAGUACUGUAUGAAUAAACAUUUAGCAAUUUUAUCUGAAAAGGAUAGAUACUGGGAAGGAAAGUUGGAUUUAGCUAGUAAGGAUAUAGAUGAGGUAGUUAAAAUAAAUGGAGAAAUUACAAAUCAAAUUAAGGACAUUAAGGAAGCAAAAUCUUUGAUAAGAAAGGCAUUAAGACUUAAUUUAACAAGUUGUAAGUCACUUAACUUUAGACAGGAAGUUAACAGUAUAUGUAAGUUGAACAAGAUGAUUAAGGAUGAGAAAAAGAGAGUUACAGUGUUAGAGCGUAAGCUUCUGCAAGAAAAGAAAAGAAAUGGGAUCUUCAAAAAUCAACUCCAAAUAGUAAAACAAAAAAAAAAUGAUGAAAAGAGAAAAAAUAACCAAAAUGUCAAAUCCUUCAUGGACCAAAUAUGCCAGACUGAAUCUUCUCUGGCAAGUGAUUUGAACAUGCAUAUAGAAAGCAACAAAAAUCUCCAGACUGCCUUGCAGACAGAAAAGCUAGUAUCUGAAAAGUUUUAUGAAAAGCUGUUGCUGGAACAGAGUAGGUCAAAUGCCCUUGCCACUGGUCUUAAACAAGAAUAUGAGGAAACCUCAAAAGAUCUAGAAUACCAACUUUCUCUCUCCUGUUGGGUUGCAGAAAAGUAUCGAGAUAGAAUGCGAAGGCUUGAAGAGCUCAGUGCCUUAACUGCCACUAUGGAAGCCCCUGGAGAAGAGACGUCUCCUUAAAAAUUUGAUAUAGUAACUAAGAUAUUACUUGGCAUUAUUUUGGUUGGUUGAGUAGAUCAUUGUUAAAUGAUCCACUGGCCUGUACUUAAUGGGAAGACACCUUUCCAGGUAUGUUUUGAAGGAUCUGUUGUCUAAGACUGUUCAUAAAAUAGUUAAUGUAAUUUGAAAUGUUAUUAGCCUUAAUUUAGCUAAUGUAAAAAUAUUACAGUAAUGUGCAUAUAUUGUCUUUUAUUACGUAUAUGCAACCAGUAUAUUUUUUUCAUAACAUUUAUGUAGUUUGUAAUUAAAUGCAGUAUUUUGUUGUAAGUGGUAAUGUACUUUGUUUUGAUACAAUAGUUCUUAUUUUUUAACUAGUACUGUAUUUCCUUUUGUUGCUCUGUAUUUCAUUGUAUUCUAAUCCUUCCCAAAUUUCUAAUUUGUGGUCAGCAUAAGAAACAAAAGCCAUAUACCUCUGCUGUCAGCUAGGGUUGGGGAAGGGGUUGGUGAUACAAGAUACAAAAAUUUAGUGCAAUUAAUUUUAUUGAGAGUUCAGAAGUAAAAAGUUACUUAGAAAACAAUUAUAAUUAUAUUUUUAACAAUGGGCCUUGAUGAAUAUAAUGUACUCAAUGAAACCAAUGAUGGCUCAAUGGAUAGAUGAUUUUGGUCGAUUGCAGUACAUGGACACCAUCUUUAAGGGAAUAAAUUGGUUGGUAUUAUCACAGUAUAGUACUUUCAUUGCAACCUGUCAGGAAAAAAAGAUGGGUGUACAAUACAUGUAUAUAGUUAGAGAAUUCUAUAACUUAAUUUCUGCCAUGAAGGCUUUUAGCUCAUUUUGAUUUAUUUUGGAUAUUUGAAAAGUUAAGAUUAAUAUUACAAAUUACAUUAUUAUGCUGUUGAUCCACCUCGAGUUUUCAUUUUGGUUUGUAUAAAAACUCAAGGGGAGUAAAUAUUUCCUUGUGCCCUGACCUCAUGUUACCACUAUGUGCAGUAAUUUGUAAAGCAUUGCACUUAGUUAAAAAAUGUAUACUCUAUUUUCAGUUGUAGGUAUGGAUGAGUUGCCAGUGAUUUGCAUGUAAUUUGUAAUUCUGUACAUAAAAUUCUUGAAAUAACUGUGAAUAUGUUGAGUGCAUUGUUCCAAUGUAGGUGCCUAUGUGAGGGAGAUGUUACAUGGUAACUUGAACCCUCAGUCAGAACAAAGGAUUUUUAGUUUUAUAUUCUUAAGAAGCAAUCACUAGGUUCAAGAGGUGAGAGGAGAAAUAUAUCCAGCACUGUGUAAACAGUAGCACAAAGAAGUAAUGAAUACCUACUGGUAAUUGAAUCAUAUGUUUACCUAAUUAUCUGUAUGUAAUACUUUAUUAAUGCUCACUUAAGAUGUACAAUAUAUUAAUGUUCCUUUGAGAUAUAUUGUAUAUUAAUGUUCUCAUAAUAUAUACAGUAUAUUAAUAUUCUAAUGCAGUAUACAAUAUAUUAAUGUUCUCAUAAGAUAUUCAGUAUAUUUGUUCUUAUAAAAUAUAAUGCAUAUUCAAUAUUUUGUUCGAGGAAAAAGUGAAGCAGGCAAGAAACUAAGUGGUUUAGCACUUAAUGUUGCUGAAUGCAAAAAAUGUAAUUCAACUGGUAGCUUCUUGAAUAUAUGAUUUGAAUAUGUAUACUGUAGAACCUUUUUUUUAUUUGAAUGUUUAUAUGCAGUAAGCCAUUUUUUUGGCUUAGCAUUAUACAGGACUAAGAACUCAGGAUCACACUGCAGGAAUUCAUAAAUAGAUUUUAAGUUCCUUAAAUUAAUUUUUGUUAUUUGUUUGAAGAUAAAUUUUCAUUGCAUUUUCUUCAUGGAUAUCAGUAUUUUAAAAAAUAUUAAAAUUUUGUUAACCUGUAACAUAUAAAAUUAGAGAGGAAUUUUUAUUUAAUAUAAAAUUUUGUUUGUCAUCAAGGUGUUAUGAAGUUUUUAUGAAACCACUGGUAAAUAUUAUUUUUUUUUUUUUUUUUUUUUUUUUUAAUAUAAAGUUUACAACCUUAGCAUAAGUGGCAGUUUGUUAAUUUGCUUAAUAAAAUUUGCCUUGAGUUUUGAUGAUACAGUACAUAUUUGAAAAUAAAUUUGCCAAAAUAUGUUCACUCAUUCAUAUUAAUUUUGUACCAGUAGAGCCCUUGAUGACACUUUGAAAUUGAAUCUUGUUCCUUCUAGAGAGUUAAUUCAUACAUUGUUUAUGCCAUGGAAGCAUGUACUUUCUUCUGCAUAGUUUUGUUAUUUUUAUAAAUUUGUCAAUCAUUUCCUAAUACAGUGCAAGUUCGUAAUCUUUUCACUAUUACCCACAGGAUGGGUAUGUGGUGAAUAAUAAAUAUGCCAAAUCAA